AACCGAAGCAGCAUUCAAACCCAACACAAUCACUUGCAUUGGGCGCAGCUAGAGCUAGCCGCCCACACAAUCCCAUCCCGUUUAUUUAGGGGAGAUCAGAAGCUCAAGGGAGGAUCGAUCUGCUGCGCGCCAAUGGCGAUGCCGGCCGCGGGGUCGCUCCGGUUUCUUGGCCUGCUCAAGCAGCCGGAGUCGGGCCCCGACGCGCUGCCGUUCGAGCUCGACGAGCGCGACGUGGUGUGGCCGGCGGGCGGCGGACAGGACCCCCGGCCGGCGCCCCCGCCCCCGCUGCCGCGCGCCAGGCGCCGCGCGCACACGGUGCCGCACAGCUUCGGGCUGUCGUCCCUCCUCGCCGAGGGCGGCGCGGGGGUGCCCGUGCCCGUGCCCGUGCCCGUGGGGGCGGUGGCGCCGGGAGCCGCAGGCGCCGCCGCGCCGAGACAGUCUGCGCCGGUGAGGGUGCCGGUGUGGCCGCGGCGCGCGGAGGGCGGCAGGAAGGGGGCGGACGAGUCCGACGAGGAGGAGGGGGAGGAGAUGGUGCCGCCGCACGUGGUGGCGGCGCGGCGGCACGCGCGGUCGUCAUCGGUGCUGGAGGGCGCCGGGCGGACGCUCAAGGGGCGCGACCUCCGGCGCGUGCGCAACGCCGUGCUCCGGCAGACCGGGUUCCUGGACCUCUGAACAUCUAUCUCCUCAUCAGCUCCAGCCAUUUGGUAAAUCUAGCCUCCUUGAGUUGAGUGUAACAAAACCCAGACGUUAUCAAAUUAAUUAAUGUUUCUCGCUCGCUCAACACCUGAAUCGAUGAAAUUCAAUACAUUCAUCAAUCUGAUUGGUUUGAGAAGCCUGCCUCUUGUUCAAUUUUCACCUGAUUGCUGACUGAAUGAGUAUCGAUCAAAUGGCCGCAACCAUCAAGAGGAAGCUCUAGUCUAUCAUGGAUCAA